CUCCGGAAGAAUUCUAUAAAUUCUGGGGCUGGCUCGAUUGCUCGCGAGACCGGCGUUUUCGCUUCCCCUCGCCGGCGAUCCAAAGCCGCGCGGUUCCUCGUCACUAAUGGCCGCCGCCGCUGGAUCUCGACCACCGCCGACACCCGAUCCCGCUUCCCAACUCAUCUUCUCCGAUUCCGACGCCAGCGGAAGCGACGGGGACGAGGCCGCUGGCCGCGGAGCGGCCCUUGAGGACUCCAUCUUUGCUGCCUACCUCCAGAUCUCAGGACGGGCCUCGCCGGAUCUCUCGAAGAUCCGAUCUUUCCUCGCCUCCGCCGCCGGGCGCGGCCCCCUGGUCUCGUGCCUCAUCUGCCUCGAGCGCGUCCGCCCCGGCGACCCCACCUGGUCGUGCGCUUCCGGCUGCCACGCCCUUUUCCACCUUAUUUGCAUCCAGAGCUGGGCUCAACAGUCGUCUCACCGCCCGCCCUCCGCCACCUCCCCAGCUGCCGCCGCCGCUGCCUCUUCGGAUUGGCCCUGCCCCAAGUGCCGCCUCCCCUACCCGAGAACCCAGAUUCCUAGAUCUUAUCUUUGCUUCUGCGGCAAGGUUGAGGACCCGCCCGCAGAUCCGUGGAUCCUGCCACAUUCUUGUGGAGAAGUCUGUGACCGCCCCCUCCGUGGUCAAUGUGGCCAUCGUUGUCUACUCCUCUGCCACCCCGGUCCCUGUCCACCGUGCCCCAAGCUUGUCAGCUCCCGCUGCUUCUGUGGGUCACGAGAAGACGUGCGCCGUUGCGCGCAAAAGCUGUUCUCUUGCAACAAGCCCUGCCCCAAACCAUUACCUUGUCAGACGCAUCGAUGCCCAGAGAGGUGCCAUGAGGGGCCCUGUCCGCCAUGUCAGGUCAGGGAGGUGUAUAGCUGCGCCUGUGGAAAGACCAAGGAGGAGAGGGAGUGCUCAGAGAGGGAAUUCCGUUGUGACGCACGGUGCACUGGCAUGCUUGGAUGCGGCAAGCAUGUGUGUGACCGAGGUUGUCACUCUGGGCCUUGUGGGGAUUGCCCACUUCAGGGAAGGAGGACUUGCCCAUGCGGGAAGAAGGAGUACAAGGGUGUUUCUUGUGACAUGGAUGUGCCUACAUGUGGAUCCACAUGUGAGAAAAAGCUGAGUUGCAAGAUUCAUCGGUGUCAUGAGAGGUGCCACCGUGGGCCAUGCGUCGAGACUUGUAGGAUGGUUGUCAUGAAGUCUUGCAGAUGUGGGGGUUUGAAAAAGGAGGUUCCUUGCUAUCAAGAUUUGGUCUGCGAGAGAAAAUGUCAGCAGGUGAGGGAUUGUGGACGCCAUGCAUGCAAGCGCCGUUGCUGUGAUGGUGAUUGCCCACCUUGCCCAGAGAUAUGUAGCAGGAAGCUCAGAUGCAACAACCACAAAUGCCCCUCACCAUGUCACAGAGGUGCAUGUGCUCCUUGUCCCUUGAUGGUGUCGAUUUCAUGUUCAUGUGGAGAGACUCUGUUUGAGGUACCUUGUGGCACAGAAAAGAAUCAAAAGCCACCCAAAUGUUCUAGGCCAUGUCGUAUAUCUCGUCUUUGUAGACACAAGUCUGAAUGCCGGUCCCACAAAUGCCACUAUGGAGCUUGCCCACCUUGUCGAUUGGAAUGUGGUGAUGAACUUUCUUGUGGACAUAAAUGUAAAGAGAGAUGUCAUGGACCUGUUCCGCCUCCAAACCCAGAGUUCACAUUGAAACCAACAAAAAAGAAAUUAAAUAAGCAUCUUGAGUGUGCACCUGGAUCACCAUGCCCUCCUUGCAAGGAAGUCAUAUGGGUUCCAUGCUUUGGCCGACAUAUUGGAGAAGAACGUGCAAUGCUUUGCCACAGUAAGAGACGGUUUUCCUGUCAGAACUUAUGUGGAAAUCUUCUGUCCUGUGGCAACCAUUACUGCACCAAACCCUGUCAUGUGCUGAAGAAUCAGACAUCAAACUUGGAUCAGUAUGGACAGGGAGACUCUAAUACUGAAAAACAAGAUCAAUUGCUGUUAAAUGCUGUCACUAAGCAAGGAGAGCCAUGUGAAGAUUGCUUUCUUCCUUGCCAAAAGGUUAGGGAGCCUUCAUGCCCACAUCCUUGUCCUCUACCAUGUCAUUCCAGUGAAUGUCCCCCUUGCAAGGUCCUUGUAAAGCGUUCAUGCCAUUGUGGUACCAUGGUGCAUGCUUUUGAGUGCAUACACUAUAACAGCUUAAGCAAUGAGGAGCAACAAAGAAUUCGUUCAUGUGGUGGCCCAUGUCACAGAAAGUUACCAAACUGCCCUCACUUAUGCUCUGAAAUAUGCCAUCCUGGUCAAUGCCCAUCAGUUGAUCACUGCAACAAAAAGGUGAAUGUCCGUUGUGCAUGUAACAAUCUGAAGAAGGAGUGGCUAUGUCAAGAAGUCCUAAAAGCAUACCGCAGUUCUGGUCGUGAUCCAAAAGAUAUUCCAAAAAAUCAGUUUGGAGUUGGUAUUCUUGCAUGCAGUACAGAAUGUGAAAAUAAAGCCAAUGUUGUGAAAUAUGAAUUGCAGCACCGUAAAGCUAAUGAGACCAAGCCUACUUUCUUUCAGGAGCACCCAAUUGUGCAAGUAGCAAGUGUUUCCAAGCGCAGGAGGAGACGCGAACGCAUUCAAGAAGCCAGACAAGCCUCAAAGUUCCAGAUAAUUAAGUCCACCAUACAGCGAGGUCUUAUCAUUAGUCUGAUAUUUAUGGUGAUCAUUGCAAGUGUUUACUAUGGUUACAAGGGUCUUUUCCUGCUCUCGGAUUGGAUGAAUGAAAUGGAGGAACAAAGACUGCAUAGAAGAACUGCUGUUCCAAGAUUUUAAUUAAAGGAGAACAAGGACUUGUUUUCAAGUCUCCAGCCGUCCCCAAAUAGUUGGAAUAAAAGCUUAUUAGCUGUGUGUAAAAUGACAAAAAUUGGAAUAGCACAUCAGCAUUUUAGCUAUAAAAUGCAAUAAUGUGAGUAUGCUGAUCUUGAAUGUUGAAGAUGCUUGAUGUUGAUUGCUUCAAUGUGCCUUAAGCCCAUACUAUUAAUGGUCCCAUCA